AUGGCGGCAUGGAGGCUUUCACUUCACGAAACACGACGAGGCCCAGGACAACCUCUUCCUUCCAGUGUGACAAUGCCCAACACAUCCCUUCGACGGCCUCAAAAGGGCUACCGCCGUGGCGGGAAAGCUGCCUACCAUGGCUCACGAACCAAGACGUUUGCGGCAUCGUCCAAUGCACGCGGCGAGGCGACAUCCAUAGACGAAAAAUGGGAGCGGACAGCCCUCGCACACCAAAUCGACGAGAACAUGGGAUUCAGCCGUUACGACGCAGGAAAGAGGCGUGAAGGGUGGCUCGUGAACAUACAACCCACCUCGAUUGACGACCCCAGGGUACCCGGCGGCGGAGGCCGUUCUGCGCUCGACUGUUACUUCAUUGAGGAGGACGGGUCAACGUUCAAGGCAACAGUCGAAUACGAGCCAUACUUUCUAAUUGCCUGUCGCAAGGGACACGAAGGCGAGGUUGAAGAAUGGUGCAAGCGAGUACCGGGCGAGGGUGUGGUCAAGGGCAUGAAACGGGUCGAGAAGGAAGACCUGAAGAUGCCGAACCACUUACUUGGGUACCGGAGGACGUUUAUCGAGUUGAGGUUUCACAACGUACAAGACUUGCUGGCAGCAAGAAGGGAUAUUAUGCCCAUUGCGGAGAAGAACAAAAAGGGGAUGGAUGCCAUGGACACAUACGCCGAAGUCGCAACCGCGAACGGCAAUUUCGAUCUUUUUGACGACGACCCACGAACUGAUGACCGGCGGAAUAAUGCAUCUUUUGCCGAGGCGAGCGACUUCAUUGUCGAUAUCCGCGAAUACGACGUGCCAUACCACGUUCGAGUAAUGAUAGACUUGGAUAUCCGUGUGGGUAAUUGGUAUUUUGUGGAGGCAAAAAACGGUGUCACGACUAUUAUUCGCAACGAGGAACGUUUGGCGCCGGCAGACCCCGUCGUCAUGGCUUUCGACAUCGAGACGUGCAAGGCACCGUUGAAAUUUCCCGACUCUGCCGUUGACCAGAUCAUGAUGGUGUCUUACAUGAUCGACGGCCAGGGGUUCUUGAUCACCAACCGCGAGAUCGUCUCGGCCGACAUUGAUGACUUCGACUACCACCCCAAACCAGAAUACCCUGGGCCGUUCAUGAUCUUCAACGAGCCCGACGAGAAGGCACUCAUUGAACGCUUUUUCCUCCACAUCAAGGAGGCCAGACCCACGGUCAUCGCCACAUACAACGGUGACUUCUUCGACUGGCCCUUCGUCGAAGCUCGCGCCAGCUUCAACGGCAUCGACAUGUAUCACGAGAUCGGGUGGAAAAAAGACUCUGAGGACCAGUUCAAGUGCAACUACAGCGUACACAUGGAUUGCUUCCACUGGGUCAAUCGUGACAGUUACCUCCCCCAGGGUAGUCGAGGCCUCAAAGCCGUCACCGUCGCCAAACUCGGAUACGAUCCCGAUGAGCUCGACCCUGAACUCAUGACACCCUACGCCAACGAGCGACCGCAGACUCUAGCCGAAUACUCGGUUUCCGAUGCCGUCGCGACCUACUACUUGUAUAUGAAAUACGUUCAUCCUUUUAUCUUCUCCUUAUGCACCAUCUUGCCGCUCGGUCCCGACGACACCUUGAGAAAGGGCACAGGAACGCUCUGCGAAAUGUUGCUGAUGGUGCAAGCCUACCAAAAAGAGAUCGUGUUGCCAAAUAAACAUAUGGCGCCAAAGGAGGCUUUCUGGGAUGGCCAUCUGUUAGACUCGGAAACCUACGUUGGCGGGCACGUCGAGAGUAUUGAAGCCGGUGUCUUUCGGGCAGACAUACCAGUCAAUUUUGCCGUGGACCCAGGGGCCAUUGACGAACUGCUGCGUGAUUUGGACUCCGCUUUAACCUUCAGCAUCACCGUUGAGGAGAAGAAGUCAAUGGAUGAUAUAACCAACUACGAAGAGAUCAAGCAGCAGAUUACUGAGAAGCUCCUCGACCUCAAGAACACGCCCAACCGCAGCGAGCGACCCCUAAUCUACCAUCUUGAUGUUGCUUCCAUGUACCCCAACAUCAUGACGACCAACCGGCUGCAACCCGACUCGAUGAUUUCAGAAUCCGAUUGUGCGGCAUGCGACUUCAAUCGGCCUGGGAAGACGUGCGACAGGCGAAUGCCUUGGGCAUGGAGAGGCGAGUACCUACCAGCGAAACGGGACGAGUACAACAUGAUCAGACAUGCCUUGGAAAACGAGAAGUUCCCGGGCAAGUUUGCCAACAGCCCACUGCGCUCGUGGCAGGAUCUGAGUUUGGACGAGCAGACAACGCUCACCAAAAAGAGGAUGCAGCUGUACUCGCAGAAGGUCUACCACAAAAUCCGCGACUCAACCACCAUCGUACGGGAAGCCAUCAUCUGCCAACGAGAAAACCCUUUUUACAUCAACACCGUCCGUGAUUUCCGCGACCGACGAUACGACUACAAGGGCAAGGCAAAGGUCUGGAAAGGCAAAACCGAUGCUUUGAAGAGCUCAGGGGCACCUGCCUCCGAGGUGGACGGCGCCAAGAAGAUGAUCAUUCUGUUCGAUUCUUUGCAACUGGCGCACAAGGUCAUUCUGAACUCCUUCUAUGGCUACGUCAUGCGGAAAGGUUCCCGCUGGUAUUCCAUGGAGAUGGCGGGCGUGACCUGCCUGACAGGAGCAACCAUCAUUCAGCUUGCCAGAUCCUUGGUUGAGCGGCUGGGCCGUCCCCUCGAGCUUGAUACAGACGGUAUCUGGUGCAUGUUGCCGGCCACAUUCCCAGAGAACUUCGCAUUCAAGCUGAAGAACGGAAAGAAGCUCGCCAUCUCUUAUCCUUGUGUCAUGUUGAACCACCUAGUCCAUGCCAAGUUCACGAACCACCAGUACCAAACACUGGUUGACCCCAAAACCUUCAAGUAUGAGACACACAGUGAUAACUCCAUCUUCUUCGAAGUCGACGGCCCCUACAAAGCCAUGAUUCUCCCCACCUCAAAAGAGGAGGACAAGAACUUGAAGAAGAGGUAUGCUGUGUUCAACGAUGACGGCAGCUUGGCGGAGUUGAAGGGUUUCGAGGUCAAACGGAGAGGUGAGCUCAAGCUCAUCAAGAUCUUCCAGCAGCAAAUCUUCAAAUUCUUCCUGGAGGGCACGACUCUGGCCGAGUGCUACGGCGCCGUGGCGAAAGUCGCCAAUCAGUGGCUUGACGUUCUGCACAGCAAAGGCGUGACCCUCGCCGACGAAGAACUCAUGGAUCUCAUUUCCGAGAACCGCAGCAUGACCAAGACGUUGGAAGAGUACGGCAGUCAGAAGUCAACGUCCAUCACAACCGCCAAACGUCUGGCAGAUUUCUUGGGUGAGGGCAUGGUCAAGGACAAGGGCUUGAACUGCAAAUUCAUCAUUUGCGCGAGGCCGAAGAGCGCUCCAGUCACUGAACGCGCCGUCCCCGUUGCCAUUUUCUCCGCGGAGGAGGAGACGAAGCGCCUGUAUCUGAAGAAAUGGCUCAAGGAGGAACCAGCGGACACAGAUCCAAGAGCGCUGCUCGACUGGGACUACUACACUGAACGUCUGGGAUCCGUCAUUCAGAAGCUCAUCACCAUCCCUGCGGCGCUGCAAAAAGUGCGCAACCCGGUGCCGCGCGUGCCGCACCCGGACUGGUUACAACGCCGGAUCAACAUCAAGGACGACAAGAUGAAGCAGAAGAAACUCACGGAUCUCUUUGGGCCAACAAGCAAAGGCGGGCCCCUCGAAGAGAUUGCGCCGAAUUUACUUGGCGAUGUUGAGGACAUUGGCGCGCUGCUCAAGCCCAAGACGGUCAGCUCGGCCAUCUCCGCAUCUCAAAAGACACAGGCACCACGGUCCCAGAAACGCAAUGAAGACUAUCCGGCGUUCUUGGAAUACCAAAAACUGAAGUGGAAACUUCAAAAGCAAGCAAGAGCGCGGCGGAGACAUCUGUUUGGCGACAGGCGCAGUAACCUGCAGAGCAACAUCCAGCAGACAUUCCGAAACCAGGCCGAGAUAACUUUUAGGAACACCUGGCAGGUACUGCAGCUCCGGACCACCGACAGCCCCGGCAUUGUCCUCGCCUAUGUGCUCAUCGAUGGCAAGAUCCACGCCGUCAAGGUGAAUGUCCCGCGACAGGUCUUCCUCAACUUGAAGAGCAAGGAGCUGCCGGACAUCGAGGUAGAGGGCUGCCAUGUCGAGCAGGUUUACCACACGCUCCCCAACGGGCAUUCCUCAGUUCAUUUGUUCAAGCUCACGGUGCCCGAGGAAAUCUACUUUGCCGAGGCCGAGAAGUUCUCGUUGCUGUUCAACCAUCCCAGCGUCGAAGGUGUGUACGAGAAACAGCUCCCGCUCAAUCUGCGGGCCGUCCUUCAGCUGGGCAACCGCUGCACCAUUGACGACACCCAACCCGGCGUGCUCGGCAAAGGUCUUGAUCACGGGUUCGACUUGUCCAGCCUGACGAAACCCACCAAGCCCACACCCUACCUUGAUGGCGCCCGCAUGUCAUACAUCUACCUCUCGCACAUCAGCGCGGGCGACCGUCAAAUCUUUGGUGUAUUUUCGACAACGGGUGACAAGGCACACAUCAUUAUCCAGCAGAAGAACAAAGAUGGCGGCCAGGAUCUGCCGAACAUCACCAAGCUGUACUCAGACUUCUUCGUCCGUAGGAGUCGCGAGGAACCCGCCGACUCCAGCUGGCAGGAGUGCUUUCCGUAUCAGGAGAAGCUGGCUUUCAAGAUCACCCAAGUUACCACGCGCCGAAAAGCGUUUCUCGAGGUCGGUGACGUUGUCAAAAAGAUGAAGAAAGAGGAGUCGGGAGCAACCAUGAUGGUCAUCCAGUCCCUUGGCUCCUGGAUCAACCAUCUGACCGCUUUAGCCAAGUAUGGCGAGGUUCCCUUGUGCAACCUGGAGCGCGACGAUCCUCGGUUCUUGAUCGAUGUCGCUUACGCCCGGCGUUUGCAAGCCAACAACGUCGUGUUGUGGUGGUCUGACAGUCCGCGGCCCGACCAUGCUGGGUACGAAAAGGACGAUGUGGCUGGCCCUCUCGACCAGGUCCAGAUGCCAUCCGUCAACAAUCCCGGUACAUUCGCGUCUGUCUGUAUCGACCUUGAAGUUCGCAACCUAGCCAUCAACACCAUCCUAACGUCGUCUCUCAUCAAUGAGCUUGAGGGAGCCGACGCCAUCUCAUUCAACCCUAGCGGCGACGGCGGCGCAGAUGGCAACGAGGCCUUAUUUGCAGACAAUGCGUUUGCUAACGCCGGAGUGCAAGUCCUCCGAGAGAUGGUCAAGUCAUGGUGGGCUGAAGCUUGUAAGGGCUCGACAAUGGCCGAUGUCAUGGUGCAACACCUGGUUCGCUGGGUGGAGUCCCCGGCGUCGUGUCUCUACGACCGCGCCCUGCACUAUUAUGUGCAGAUGAUGAGCCGGAAGGCCCUUCUCCAGCUCAUGGCAGAUUUCCGCCGAGUCGGUUCACAGGUCAUUUACGCGAGCCCUAAUCGGCUACUCUUGCAGACCACCAAGUCGGAAGUCGGCAAUGCCUACGCCUACGCGCAGUACAUCCUGAAGAGCAUCAAGGGCAAGCCCCUGUUCCACUUCAUAGACCUCGAGAUCAAGGAGUACUGGGACUACCUCGUCUGGUAUGACGAGUUCAACUACGGCGGCAAGGCGUGCCAGGAGGUGGUCGAACAAGACGAACAAGACCUCCAAAUGAUCAUGCACUGGCAGAUGGCGACCUUCCUGCCCAUCCGGCUUCAACCCACUUUCCGCGACUGGGUCGUCGAAUUCAUCGAGCUCAUGCACAGCAUCAAGCGGCCACCAACAGGGAGCGACCCUACCGCCACCCCGCGCCUUACACAGCUUCCCAUCCGUAAUAACGCCGGCCUUGCUGAAGACGCUCCCAACCAGAUCAUCCUCGGCAACGCUUUUGAAAAACCCCUCAAAAAGGAAAUCACCUCCCUUAUUGCCACCCAAAAGCGCGAGCUCCUCCACCCCGAGCUAGCAGCGGAUUACACCUUCCCCUCCCUCCCGGGCUCCCACCUCGCCCAGCUCACCCCCCAAUCCACCACCACCAGCGGCAGCACUCACAAGAAGAACAACAACAAACCCACCGCCUCCGCCAACCCCAUCCUCGAGCUCGUCAAAUCCCUCAUGCAGGUCCUCUCCCUCGACAAAAACAUCACGCUCGAAGCGCGCCUCCUGCGCAAGGAACUGCUCACACUCUUCGAGGUGCGCGAGUUCUCGCGCGAGGGCACCUUCCAGAACCCGUCCGAGUCGCUGCGCCUCGCCCAGCUGAGCUGCGACAGCUGCACCAUGGCGCGCGACCUCGACCUGUGCCGCGACGAGGACCUGCUGCCGGCUUCCGUCACGGGAGAAACGGGGGCUGGUGGUGCCGCUGACGAGGGGGCCUGGAGCUGGCGGUGUGGGUACUGCGAGCAGGAGUAUGAUCGCAAUGAGGUGGAGGAACGGUUGUUGGGGGAUGUGCAGGGUCUUGUGGUCCAGUGGUCCACGCAGGAUUUGAAGUGUGCGCGCUGUGGGGCGCUGCGCGUCAAUGAGUUUAUGGAGCACUGUACGUGUAGUGGGGAGUGGAAGGAGAGUUAG